ACAUCUAUAAGAAUGGUCCUCUACCUACACUUGUUCACACAAGAAAGUAGAAUUUCUCAUUCUUCAAAUCAACCAUGUCUUCCAUGAAACUCAUAUCAACCACUACAAUUCAAGCUCCAACUCACAUUAACACCAACAUACCUCAAAAAAUUCAUUUAACCCCAUGGGAUCUCUCAUCUCUCCAACUUGAAAUGAACCAAAAAGGACUUCUCUUUCAUAAUCCCCAAAACCCAAAUGAAACAUCAAACCAAAUCCAACAUCUCAAAAACUCACUUUCCUCAACUUUUGCUUUCUUCCCACCUCUCUCCGGUCGUCUCAUCGUCGACGACGACAACAAAAACAAAACCUCAUGUUUCAUCCUUUGCAACAACCUAGGUGCAUUGUUUAUCCAUGCAAUAGCUGAAAACAUAAGUGUCUCCGACAUUCUUAAACCAAACUAUGUUCCUCCGAUUGUUCAAUCUUUUUUUCCAUUAAAUAAAGCCAAAAACUAUGAAGGCACAUCAAAACCAUUACUUGCUGUGCAAGUUACUGAGCUUGUUGAUGGUAUCUUCAUUGGCUUCUCAAUCAAUCAUGCUGUUGUGGACGGUAAGUCGUUUUGGCAUUUCAUCAAUUCAUGGUCCGAAAUCUCACGUGGUUUCGAUCAACCAUCGAAACUCCCAACAUUUAAUCAUUGGUUUCUCGAUGACUCAAUUGAAACUCCCAUUAAAUUUCCUUUUACAAAAGAGGAUAACCUAAAAACUACUGAAACUGAUGAAAACUCUCUUCCACUUGAGAGGAUUUUUCAUUUUACAAAGGAGAAAAUUGCGAAACUCAAAUCAAAAGCUAAUGAAGAGGCUAAUACAAACAAAAUAUCUUCUCUACAAGCACUUUUAACUCAUCUUUGGCGAAAUGUGAUUCGUUAUCACAAUAUCGACCUUGAAGAAGAAAUCAUGUAUUAUUUAGUCAUCGAUGUUCGAGGGAGAGUUGUUCCGCCGUUGUCAAAGAAUUACUUUGGAAAUGCCUUGCAGGUUGGUGGUGUGAAAGUGAAAGCAAAGGAGCUAUUUGUUGAAAGAGGGUUUGGAAAAGUUGCUUUUGAGAUGAACAGGAUGAUACGUUCAUAUGGUGAUGAUACUUUGAAGAAAAACUAUGAAAAUUGGGUGAAAAAUCCAAGCUUGUUUCAAGGAAGGCUUAGUAGUAUUAAGGCUUUGGCAACUAGUAGUUCUCCAAGGUUUGAUUUUUAUGGUAAUGAUUUUGGUUGGGGGAGGCCUGUUGCUGUUAGAAGUGGGGGUGCAAAUAAAAGUGAUGGAACUAUUACUAUGUUUUGUGGGGAAGAAGAAGAUAGGAUUGAUGUUGAAGUUUGUCUUUCUUAUGAUAUUUUGGAAGCUAUGGGAAAUGAUCCUCAAUUCAUAAAUAUCUUUUAAUUUAUUUAUGUUAUGUUAUGAACUGUUAUGUAUUGUUAAUUUGAGUUUUGAAAGAAAUCUAAGCACAAAUUCUUGAUACGCAAGAUGUUGUUGGAUUCUUAAGAAUAAAAAUAAAACUUUGGACUUUUUA